AUGUUGCUCUUCAAAGAUGUUCUUAGCGGCGAUGAAAUUAUAUCGGAUGCCUACAAACUGAAAGAAGUCGACGAUGUCGUCUAUGAGGUGGAUUGUUCUAUGAUCGUCGUCAAAGAUGGCGAUAUUAAUAUUGGUGCCAACCCUUCGGCUGAAGAACAAGAAGAAGCUUUAGAGGACGGCGCCAAGCAGGUUAACAACGUUGUUUAUUCGUUCAAACUCCAGUCAACUAGUUUUGACAAGAAGUCUUAUUUGACUUACCUCAAGGGUUACAUGAAAGCCGUAAAAGCAUAUCUUUCUACAGCAAAACCAGAUCGAGUAGAAGCUUUUGAAAAGGGUGCUCAGGCUUACGCCAAAAAAAUUGUUGCGAACUUCAAGAAUUUUGAGUUUUACACCGGCGAGUCCAUGAAUGCUGAUGGCCUAGUUCUCCUCUUGAAUUACCGCGAGGAUGGGAUUACGCCCUACUUCGUUAUCUGGAAGGAUGGAUUGAAGGAGGAAAAGCUUUAA